AUGUUAGGAUCAAUAAAAAUCUUUUUAUUAUUAGGAGUUAUUUAUUUAUGUAGAGCAAGCGAAGAAGAUGUUUUAGAGCUUACAGAUUCCGAUUUUGAAAGUGCGAUCGGUCAACAUGAAACCGCUUUGGUCAUGUUUUACGCACCUUGGUGUGGACAUUGUAAAAGAUUGAAACCGGAAUAUGCGGUUGCUGCCGGCAUUCUCAAGGAUGACGAUCCGCCGGUAGCGUUGGCUAAAGUAGACUGUACGGAGGCUGGAAAGAGCACUUGUGAGAAGUUCUCCGUCUCAGGAUACCCAACUCUUAAAAUCUUCAGAAAAGGGGAAUUGUCACAGGAGUACAAUGGUCCCAGGGAAUCAAAUGGCAUCGUGAAGUACAUGAGAGCUCAAGUUGGACCCAGUUCCAAGGAAUUGACCAACGUUGAGAGCUUCGAGAACAUGAUCUCUAAAGACGAGGUGGUUGUUAUCGGUUUCUUUGAAAAAGAGGAUGACCUUAAGGGAGAAUUCUUGAAAACCGCUGACAAAAUGAGGGAAGAAGUUUCCUUUGCUCACUCUUCGGCCAAGGAUGUCCUCGAAAAAUCUGGAUACAAGAACAAUGUAGUGCUGUACCGUCCCAAGCGUUUACAGAACAAGUUUGAAGACUCAUUUGUUGUGUACAAGAGUGGAGUCUCACUUAAAGGAUUCAUCAAAGAAAACUACCAUGGUCUGGUCGGUAUUCGUCAGAAGGACAACAUGAAUGACUUCAGCAAUCCUCUUGUUGUUGCCUACUAUGAUGUGGAUUACGUCAAGAAUCCCAAGGGUACGAACUACUGGAGGAACCGUGUUCUUAAGGUGGCCAAAGAAAUGAAGGACGUUAACUUCGCGGUCAGCGAUAAGGAUGACUUCACACACGAACUGAACGACUUCGGCAUCGACUUCGCCAAAGGUGACAAACCCGUAGUAGGAGGCAAGGAUGCUGAUGGAAACAAAUUCGUCAUGUCUUCCGAAUUCAGUAUUGAUAACCUUUUGGCCUUCGCUAAGGAUCUGUUGGAUGGUAAAUUGGAGCCGUUCAUUAAGUCCGAGCCAGUCCCUGAGAGUAAUGAUGGACCAGUCAAAGUAGCUGUUGGCAAGAACUUCAAAGAGUUAGUUACAGACAGUGGUAGGGAUGCUCUAGUCGAAUUCUACGCCCCCUGGUGCGGACAUUGCCAAAAACUCGCACCCGUUUGGGAAGAACUUGGUGAAAAGCUCAAAGACGAAGAGGUUGAUAUUGUGAAGAUCGACGCCACAGCCAACGACUGGCCCAAGUCAUUGUACGAUGUUUCUGGUUUCCCGACUAUCUACUGGAAACCAAAGGACAAUAGCAAGAAGCCUGUCAGAUAUAAUGGUGGUCGAGCCCUCGAGGACUUCGUGAAGUAUGUCUCUGACAACGCUUCCAACGAGCUGAAGGGCUUCGAUAGGAAAGGGAAUGCCAAGAAAGACGAGUUGUAG